AUUGAUCGCUUCCCUGCCGAAGGAAGCCAUUUGAUAGGGACUGGGCAGCUGAAAAAGAACCAGCUCCGUACACAGCCUGCUGAGUGCUGAUUUCACGAGUCUUGGGAGUUUUCAGCAGCUUUCCAAGACUUCGUACACCGCGGGCGUGCGGUUUUCACACCCAGGAUAAACCAAAAAGACUUGACCUUUCUCCAAAACCAUCUUUCAUUUCCAUCGCCUGAGUUCUCCAGACCAAAAAACCAGAACGAGCCAAAGAAAACCAAGAGAGAGCAACCUAACAUGUUGAAACCGGCUCUUUCAUGUCUCUCCCUCUACUUGCUGACAGUCUUUGCUUUUUUUAGCAGUCAUGGAGCCUCACAGCUCCAGGAGACUCCAGCCAAUGACGGCGAAAUCCUGCGGAGAAUCAAGCAACACUGGCAGAACCCGCAGCAGCUCUCUCACUGGUCAUUUCCAGAUUCCUCCUCGCCCUGCUCUUGGCCGGAGGUUAACUGCAGCGGCACCAACUCGAUCAUGUGGCUGAAUUUCAGCUCCAUGAACAUCCCCGGUACGGUUCCACCAUUCAUUUGCGACCUGAAAAACUUGACCGUUCUUGAUCUUUAUAACAACAGUAUAGUGGGAGGCUUCCCAAGGGAGCUCUACAAUUGUUCCAAGCUCGAGUACUUGAAUCUCAGCCAGAACUACUUUGUCGGUCCAAUUCCUGGUGAUGUUGACCGCUUGUCCAGCCUCAAUCACCUCGAUCUCUCUGGUAAUAACUUCACCAGUGAUAUCCCAGCAGCCAUUGGGCGGUUGAAGGAGCUGAGAGUUCUGUAUCUCAAUCAGAAUCAGUUCAACGCCACUUUCCCACCGGAGAUUGGCUCCUUGUCGAACCUAGAAGAGUUAGUAUUGGCCCACAAUGGGUUUCUGCCUUCCAGGUUGCAUUCCAGCUUCACCCAGCUCAAGAAUCUCAAACGUUUGUGGGUUUCAAAUGCAAAUUUGAUUGGGGAGAUAGCAACAACGAUUGCGGAAAUGGCAGCUCUGGAGUAUUUGGAUUUAUCCAAGAAUAAACUCAAUGGAAGUAUCCCUGACGGCUUGUUUAAGUUGAAGAACUUGAGCGUGGUUUAUCUGUACAAGAACAGGUUAUCUGGAUCGAUUCCUCAACCCGUGGAGUCUCUGGAAUUGACUGAAGUAGAUCUGUCGCAGAACAACUUGAGUGGCACGAUUCCUGAUGAUUUCGGAAAGCUGGAGAAAGCCAAAAUCUUGAAUCUCUUCCUCAACAAUUUUGGCGGGGAUAUCCCAGAGAGCAUUGGCAGGCUUCCACAACUGAAAGAGUUCAGUGUGUACACCAACAACUUAUCAGGUUCAAUUCCUGCAGAUUUUGGAAGAUAUUCCAUGCUUGAAGUUCUUCAAGUUAACUCCAAUGGCCUCACUGGUCAACUUCCUGAACAUCUAUGCAGCAACGGGAAGCUAGAUGGAGUUGCAGCACACAACAACUUUCUCAGUGGAGAGCUGCCCGCGUCGCUAGGAAACUGCAGCACCUUGAGAUUCCUCAGCAUUACGAACAACUCUUUCUCUGGUGAGCUUCCAGCUGGUUUGUGGACUGCAACUAAUUUGGAAACUCUGGUCGUUGGAGAUAAUUCCUUCACAGGUCAGCUUCCUGAUGAUGUGGCAUGGAAUCUUUCUCGACUUGAGAUGAGCAACAACAGGUUUACUGGGGGGAUUCCCACUGGAGUAAGUAAUUGGAGCAACAUGGUGUUCUUCUCUGCAAGCAACAACUCCAUUUCUGGUACAAUCCCUCCACAGUUGACUUCCCUUCCUCGACUCACCACUCUUCUGCUAGAUGGAAACCAACUUACUGGUCCCCUUCCAUCGGAAAUCAGCUCAUGGCAGUCUCUAACAACUCUCAACCUCAGAAGAAACCAGCUCUCGGGUCAAAUUCCUGCCCAAAUCACCAAUCUAAUUCGUCUUUCAGAACUAGACUUAUCAGAAAACCAAUUGUCUGGCAACAUUCCUCCCCAAAUCAGUCAAUUACCUAUAACUUCUCUGAAUCUCUCCUCCAAUCUGCUAGAAGGAAACAUCCCACGGCAGUUUGAAAACGGUGCUUAUUCCGAUAGCUUCCUGAACAAUCCUGGCUUGUGUUCAAGCAACUCUGACCUGAACCUCCGUAGCUGUAACUCAAGACCUUCUCAAUCAAGCAAGCGUACCACGACCCACAUCCUGGCCUUGGCAUUAAGCAUUCCAGCAGUUGUCGUCGUGGUAUCUGUGAUAUCAUCAUUUCUCGCCAUCAAGAAGGUUAGAGGGAAACAUGUACAGGAUUCCGCCUGGGAGUUCACCUCGUUCCAGAAGCUCAAUUUCACGGAAGAUAAAAUCCUUGCAGGGUUGACAGAGAGCAAUGUGAUUGGAGUGGGUGGUUCAGGUAAAGUUUAUCGGGUUGCUUUGGAUCGUCAGCACGAUUUUGUCGCGGUGAAAAGAAUCUGGAAUGAUGAAGAUAACAAACUGGCCAAGGAUUUCAUGGCAGAAGUGGAGACCCUGAGUGGGAUCAGACACACCAACAUAGUCAAGCUUCUGUGCUGCAUUUCCAAGGGAGAUUCUAAGCUUCUGGUUUAUGAGUAUAUGAAGAACCACAGCCUGGAUUGGUGGCUGCGUUCCGGUGCAAUUAAGCGGGCAGCGUUGGACUGGCCAAAGCGACUCAACAUCGCCAUAGGUGCGGCUCAAGGUCUGGCUUACAUGCACCAUGACUGUGUGCCUUCCAUCAUUCACAGAGACGUGAAAUCCAGCAACAUCCUCCUGGACUCCGAAUUCAACCCCAAGAUCGCCGAUUUCGGCCUGGCCAAGAUAACGAUGAUGAUUAUGAACAGCAGCAGCAGCAGCAGUGGAGAAGCUGCUGCUACUUUGUCCACGGUGGCUGGCUCGUUUGGCUACAUGGCACCUGAGUAUGGGCAGACGAGGAGGGUGAACGCGGCGAUGGAUGUGUACAGCUUUGGCGUGGUGCUGCUGGAGCUGACGACAGGGAGACAGGCGAACGGUGAGGGAGGCGAGGAGAAGACGACGAUGCAGACAAGCCUUGCGGAGUGGGCAUGGGGCCGAGUCCGGGAAGGGAAGGCGAUAGGUGAUCUCUUGGACGAGGAGGUGGAGGAAGAGUGUCACUUGGAUGAAAUGGUGAGUGUUUUUAAGCUUGGGGUUCUGUGUACGACUGCAUUGCCCUCGAGCAGGCCGUCGAUGAAGGAGGUGGUGCAGAUGGUGGAGAGAUGGAGAAGCGAAGGGAGUUCAGGAGGGAAGAGUGGUAGUGAAAGGAUGGUUGACGAGAGCCCUCUGCUUGAGAACUCCAAUGGCGACGGUAGCUUGCCAGUGUGAAGUGUGAGACUAUGGGUGUAAAUAUUGCAGAAAGGAAUUUGGUGUAGUUGGGGAAAGAUUGUAUUUUGGAUAACCGUUUUCAGAGAGCACCAUAAUCAAUCAAACAUGGCGCAAAUGUUGUAUGGUAAGAUACAGUGUAACCUCAAAACUAUCAAAGACUCUAAUCGGCACAUUCAAGCAAAUAGACAGUACACCCUUAAGACAAUUGCAGAUAAAUUCUUUAGUGGUCAUCGUUCAUAGCCAACAUUAACUAGUUUUGAUAUAUAGAAGUAUUGGG